AUUCUACCUGCUUCCUACUUGAUCUUUCAUUUGAUUUAUCGCUUCCUGUUAUCAUUCAUCAAAAACUGGCGAGUAGGAAAGGCCCUGUGGGUGUCGGAGGGUAACUCCCGUCCACUCAGGAUAUCCCCUGGGUGGUGACACACCUUGACCACCUGCAUAUAAAGCAGAUGCUGACUGGACUUAAGCAUCGUUCGCGGUAACAAGGUGAAACAAACUCACAACCGCAAUGCAUCUCAAGAGUCUCGCUUUCGUUCUUCUGCUGAAGCUCAUCACUUUUAGCGAUGCGCUGCCAGACGAGAAGCAGGAAGUCGAUAACGGGGACCUCCACGACAAGGACGACAGCACAGACACCAUCCUCAAGAUGAACAGAGGCUGUUCUGAGAUCCUGUUAGAGGGAGACUUGCUGCUUCCGAGAACGAGGACCGCCAUGAAGUGCUACACCGAAACGUCCAGCUGCCUGUGGCGUAAAUCUAACAACGGCAACGUUGAGAUCCCGUUUGUCAUAUCUGACAACUACGACGCUGGCGAGAAGGACACUAUUGUCACGUCCUUGAAGUCGAUAGAGGCCAAAACCUGCAUCCGCUUCAUUCCACGAACCAAGCAGCGUGAUUACAUAAGCUACGAGCCCAGAUACGGGUGCUCCUCAAUGAUGGGCCGCAUGGGAGAUAAGCAGGUGGUGGCCCUGCAGCGGUUUGGCUGCGUCCAACACGGCAUCAUCUUGCACGAGACCAUGCACGCCAUGGGCUUCUACCACGAGCACACUCGCACAGACCGAGACAGCCACGUGCGCAUCAACUGGAACAAUAUCGAGUCGUUUAACGCAUACAACUUCCAAAAGCAAGACACCAACAACCUCAACAUCCCGUAUGACUACAAAUCUUUGAUGCACUAUGGAAGAAACGCCUUCGGUAUAAAAGACACAGACACCAUCACCCCCAUUCCCGACGCCUCUGUGGAAAUAGGUCAGCGGAAAAGCCUCUCAGACUACGACAUUCUCAGAAUCAACAGAUUGUACAAGUGCAGGAAUUAAAAUGUUCUAAAAAGUCUUCUGAGAGUCUCAAUAAAAGCAAU